AUGUCUAAGGAUAGUAGUGCGAGUAAUAGACCCGUUAAUAAUGGUGAGUCUGAAUUAAGACAAAGAUCUAAAAAGUCUGAAAAAGUUUCAACUGAAGAAGAUGUUCAUUUACCUGUUACUGAAAUUCAUAUAAAGUCUCAUGAAUGGUUUGGUGAUUUUAUUACAAAGCAUGAAGUUCCACGUAAAGUAUUCCAUUCUUCCAUUGGAUUCAUUACACUAUAUUUGUAUACACAGGAUGUUUAUUACAAAAAUGUCAUUUUACCUUUAGUAAUUGCAUUUAUUAAUAUUUUUAUUAUUGAUAUUAUUAGAUUAAAUUGGAGAUUUUUCAAUACUUUAUACUGCCAUGUUGUUGGUGUUUUAAUGAGAAAAAACGAAGUCAACACCUAUAACGGUGUCUUAUGGUAUAUUCUAGGUUUGAUAUUUUCGUUUACAUUUUUUUCAAAAGAUAUAGCAAUAAUUUCAUUAUUGUUGUUAAGUUGGUCAGAUACGGCGGCAUCCACGUUUGGUAGAAAGUACGGCCAUUUAACACCAAAGAUAGCUAGGAACAAGUCACUCGCAGGUUCAUUAGCUGCAUUUGUGAUUGGUAUAAUAGCAUGCUCUGGUUUCUACGGAUUUUUUGUACCACAUUUUGCUCACGUUAAUAAAUCUGGUGAAAUACUUUGGACACCUGAAACAAGCAGACUAUCAUUAACUCAAUUGUCAUUAUUAGGAGGGUUGGUUGCAUCAUUAAGUGAAGGUAUUGAUAUAUUCAAUUGGGAUGAUAAUUUUACUAUUCCAGUUUUAUCAUCAAUAUUUUUAUAUACUGUCAUUCGUAUUUUUCAAAUUUAG